UCUUGCGCAUGCGCGCCGUCUGGUCACGGAAAGAAUUAUUCAUGAAUUCUCUGGCGAUGGUUGAUGUAGCUGCCAUGAGCUGUUGCUGUACAAGUCUGGGCAGCGGGAUUCGUGGCGGCGGGGAUGGGAUCCAGGGUCCAGUCCAGCUUACAGGCACGCUGGAAAAUUUCCCCGGGGCGCCGCCCAUCAACUCUCGCCCAUCGACGCAUCAACGCCAACGUCACAGGGCCAAUCCGACCCAAAGCAAGCCAAGAUGUUCUCGCGCGCCGUUCGACAACGACUAGCCUCCGCCGCAACGAGGAGGAGUCCAGUGAAGCAGCCACAGCGACGAUGGAUCACGCCAGCUCCCAAGCCCGGUGACGGACCUCUCAUGUCCCGUCGCGCCGAUCGCGAACUACCUCACUUGGAGCAGGUCACAUUCCGCUGGGGUCGCACCCUGCCCAUCUUCCUCGUCAUCGUCACCAUCUCGAGCGUCGCCAUCUUCAACUACCAGAAGUCGUCCUCCCCCGUGACGGCUGGCACGCUGUAUGCCCUGCGCACCAACCCCCGCGCCCGCGCGCUGCUCGGCGACGACAUCUACUUCAAGCACCAGAUCCCCUGGAUCCAUGGCGAGAUGAACCAACUGCACGGCCGCAUCAACAUCUGGUUUACUGUCAAGGGCACCAAGAGCACCGCCGUCAUGCGAUUCGCCAGCCACCGCAAGACGGCGAGGGGCGUGUUCGAGACGACCGAGUGGAGCUUGGAGGGCGAGGAUGGCACAGUCAUUGAUCUCCUGGAGGAGGGCGAUCCGUUCAGGAAUCUCAUGGGCGACGACGAUGAUUUCGUCAUCCCCGUAGCGGCGCAAGACGAGGACGCGAUACGUGGAUUCAGGCAGCAGCCACCAUUGAAUCGGUAGACAUGGUUACGCUAUGAAUUGUACAGUAGAUGUAUAUGACAUGUAUAAUACAACAGCCGAGA